CGUGAGUUUUAUUAAUUGAGUGACAUUACGAAAUGAUUCUGAAAAGAAACCGAAUGAUUUUUAAAAAUUGAAGAUGCAUUUUAUAUCCCAUCAAUAAAAUAUAGUUAUGAAAUGUGGUAUCAGGCUUUUUGCUUUGUUUUGUUUUCAUACACAAAAAGAACCGCUGGAGUGAUCUCCAUGUAUGUGUUAGCCUAAGAAUUGAAACUUAAGGUCCAAUUCUAAUAAUGCCGGCUUGAAAUGAAAAGAUGUGUAAGUAAACAUUCCUAUGUCAUCAGUUGAAAGAUGUUGAUUACAUGUUGAUUACAUUGUAUUCAAAGUGUAAGUCUACGUUCAUGAUGUAAUUGUUGGAAUUGAUUCGUUAUUUCAUUCAUCGUGUGUCUCUAUCAACUCGUAGUGUUUGCAACUCGGUGUUACGUUAAUAAAGUAACCCAUAAUAUAUGGUCCUGCAUUCGAACAUGGCUAGACUGAAAGCGUAUCUCUCAAUAAACUCUCUGGCCUGCGUGGUUGUCAUUUUGUUGAGCCAGCGGCGUCUCCAAGGAGCAGCGGUAAUGACGUGCGACGGCGAUGGCCCGUGUCGAUGUAUGAUGAAUGAUGGCUCUGGUGUGGUGGAUAUCAGCACCUUAGGUUUCCAGAAUGGCUCAGCCAGAUUUCCUGAUGUUGCUGCGUCUUUUGAUGGACAACUUUAUUCCUAUAACCCUUGCUAUCCGAUGAGUGAAGGGCGUUGUACUAAUGCAGCGGCUUGCAAAAUAGCAGACGACACUCAAACGGUCAUGGGCGAGCAAACACAGUUUACUUGGUAUUUUACUGGCUACUACCCACUGGUCACAUACUCAACAAGUGAUGGCAGGAAAACGGAAGUGAUGUUUAUAUGUGAUGAAAAUAUAACCAGCCCCCUGCUUGACGUGAUUGGAGAAGUGACUCCUGGGACAUUAUCUUUAAAUUUAUGGACCAUGUGCGCAUGUCCGAACAAGUGUCCAGCAGUGAUGCCCCCUGCACCACACAGACAUGACACUGAUGCACCGACUUUGACCACUGGCUACAUUGUACUCAUUGUAUUUUUCAGUCUAUUUUUCGUUUAUUUUGUGUUUGGAAGUGUUAUUAAUUACUGCAGACGAGGAACAUUAAGCAAGGAAAUUUUGCCAAAUUACAGUUUGUGGUCUUCUAUUCCAUCGUAUGCCAUGGACGGUUGUCGCUGUGUGUUUGGUUGUGUUGGCAACAAAAAAGCAAAUUAUGACGCCAUUUAAAAUAUCAGUUGUAUUUCGUCUCUUUAAAUGGUACUAUGUAAAUGUUCAAGUUUUUGACAAUUUUACAUUCAUAAGUCUAAAAAUAGAUUCACAAAUUCAAAACCUUUAUCUAUGACAUGUAUCAUCAAGAUGACUAUACUGGUCAAACAUAAGACAUGAGCUGUGCUCAAUUGAGUAAACUCCUAAACAUAAUUAUAUUUGUAUGUAAGUGUGUCUGUGUUUUUUUUUUAAGUUUUUAGAAAUCUUACAUUUGAAAUUUUAGUGUUAUCAAGAUAUACGAUGCUGUUCUGUAAUAACUUCUUUUUCUGUGAUAAUAAUUUAAGACAACCUUUAUGAAUUGUUAUAUUUUUAUGUCAUUUUUUGUUGCUAUUUCAAAUUAAAUUAUUUUUAUAAACUUUUAUAAUUUAAA